AUGACACGGCCACCCUUGCCCACGGCGGAUUGGCCGCCUAGCGGAAUCAAGGAGAUGGCUUCAUUUGGUUUGUUGCCGGUGUUGAACUUAUCCUGUCGUCGUCUGGUCUGAUCGACUAUCGUAUCUCGUGUGUGUACGUGUCGUAUUUUGGUUGGAUGUGCAGGUAAUGUGACGUCUACACCUUUUUGCAAGCACACAAUGGUAGAGAUCCGUUUUGCGGUGUGGUCGUAUCAGCCUUCCCUGCCCCCCCCCCCCCCCCCCCCCCCCCC